AAAAAAAAAAACGAGCAGAAGAGCUCGAGAUGCUCCUAGGGCCGGUCUCCUGACAUCUCCACUUCAACUCUCUCCUGUCACCACCCUGAAACGGGAGUUGCGCGGCCAAGGAAACGCGACCGCCCAAGUAAAUCGUCGCCCUUUAGAAACAUGCCCACCCCUUCCGGACCGUGACGGGCUCUCUUUUGACCACACGCUUCCCACUCCUUGGCUUCGAUGCUGUUUUGGAUCUCCUUCGAGAGAGUCUUUCCAUUCACUUAUACCCUUUUCCGUUCUUACGCUGCUGCCCUAGACGGCAUUUUUUCCUAGAUCCCCAUCAUCGAGGCGAGAGAGCAGGCGCUCCGUCGUCGAUACCUUACGUUCGCUAUACUUCGCACAGAUCGAAUAUCUUCAAGUCCAUUCCAGCCCGGAGCUGUCGACUCGUCGACUCGGAUUCCCGAUUUUACCACAAGUCCACCCUCAAGAUCUAAAAGGCCUAUCCAUCAGAAGCACCUUGACGACCUUUUUCUUCCUUUCUUCCCUAGCAGCAGGGCUCCCUCUCGGUUCGUCUAACCGUCAGGAUGAACAAGCUUAUGCUCACCUUCCUCGUGGUGAACUUCCUGUUCCUGGUCUGCGCAGGUCUUCUUCUCGGCUUCUGUCUGGUCGGCGAGCAACAAGAACGUGGGACCAAGACAGUCGACAAUGUGGCCUUCGAUGUGCUCCUGACGGAGUGCCCGUUAACCGCCGGCGUCGUGAACUCGAUCUUCAUGUUCUUCACUUUCGUCCUGUCUCUACCUGCCCUCGCUCUUCCCAUGAACCGCGGCUGGCUUAAACUCCAGGGCGUCCUCGUCGUUUUCAACGCCCUCUUCACGCUCAUUCUCGGCCUCUUCAUCUGGUUCGACACGCUGCAGACGCGCAAGAACCUCCUGAACGUGUGGGGGAACCAGUCUACGCAGGUCCAGUCCCUUCUGCAGCAGCGUUUCCAGUGCUGCGGCUACUUGAACAGCAUGUCCCCCCCGUUCAUCGUCGACAGCGUGUGUCCGGACGCGGCCACCGCCAGCCAGAAGCAGGGCUGUGCCAAACCAUUCGCCUCCUUUGCAAACACCUACCUCGACUUGAUUUUCACCGCCGCCUUCGGCAUCGUCGGCGUUGACGUACUGCUCUUGCUGUGCGUGACCAUGAUCGUCAAGUACCGCGCAGAGCUGGAGCGCUACAGACACAUCGACGAGAAGGUGGGCAACUACUGAGUAGUUUGCCUUCCUUUUUUUGGUGUACAAGUCUUUUUUUUUCCAUCCCUUCAUUUUCUCUUCACACGAGCAAGCGGAACUUUGGGCCUGCCCUGGCGUUCUACGCCGGCUUAGCCUCACUCUUUUUUUUUCUCUUGAAGUACAAGGAGUGGGCAGGAGGAGGGAGGGAAGAUGUAGAGCUGAGGCCCGCGCAAGCAUUUAGACGGAGAGACUUCGACAGCAGUCAAAGGGGCCUCGUGAGACCAGAGAGGAUUUUAGACUGGUGAUGCUUCAAUCGAGAGGGGAAUCCAAUGUACACUUUUUGCGAGUUCAUGAGGACAACGCAGGUAAUGGCAAGUGAAACUGUUCAUCAUCGCGAGAAGAAAGUGUUUAAGAUGAAAGGGGGAGGGGAAAUGAAAAAAAUAGAAAAGGGUCACCAAAUGAGAUAUUCACGUCCCCUCCUUUUCUGCUUUGAUCCUCUCCUUCGUUGUGAAAGAAGGCGA